AUGUUGGAGCCGCCUAGUCGAACAGUGAGGGCUUUGAAGAACCGAGGCUCUGACAGUGUCAACAUUUUGCGGAGUACGCGCGCGUUUGUUCGAAGACUAUCACUGCCGAUCAUAGUAGUUGAUUACGAUGAUGUUCCACUUUUUGGUCUAAGCUGGGUUCUGUCUUUCGAUUUAGCUCUACCACCAGGUGCUCGGGUGUGCACAGUAACAACUGAGUCAAAGGGACAAAAAGACACAACGGCUGUUAAAAAGCUGCUAGGUAAAUAUCCAGAGAUUUUCUCAGAUAAACUAGGAAUCUUUGCAGGGGAAAAAGUUGUAAUUACUUUGGCUCCUGAGGCUAUCCCAAAGGCCUUUAAACCUCGACCCAUACCUUAUGUUUUACGUCCUGCUGUAAAAGAAGAAAUAGAUAGGCUUAUGCAAGAUGGUGUACUUGAAAAAAUUGAUCCGACAUUGAAGAAUAUUUCUUGGGCCUCUCCCAUUGUUGUAGCGAUAAAACCGAAUGGGAAAGUCAGAAUCUGUUGGGACUUCAAAUGUACUAUAAACCCAUUCAUUAGUUCUGUGCAACAUCCCCUUCCACGUUUUGAAGAUAUCAUGAUGCAAUUACAAGAUGGAAAUGAGUUUACUGUACUGGACCUGAAGGGCGCAUAUCUACAGUUAGAGGUGGCUGAGUCUUCUAGAGAUUUGUUGGUUAUAGCUACUCCAUUCGGCUACUUUAGAUACACUCGUUUAACCUUUGGGGUUAAAUCCGCUCCAGGAUUGUUUCAAAGCCUCAGACGCACUUGUGUCAACCACACGGGAGACCUCUUGUGGGUUGGCGACUCCGAGGCGCCCUAA